AAUUGCUAAUCCUACUCGCGCUGUAUACGUUGUGAUAUGAUAAAGUGACAAAAAGUGAAUCGUGAAUCGUGAGGACAUAAAAAACGAACAUUUCCUGCAAGUGCUAAUAUAAGGAAAUUUGUGUAAAAAAAACUGAAAAACCGAAAAAAAAAUUAUGAAUUUAAAUGACGAUAGCAUUGUCAUAUCGGGAAUAUCGGGACGUUUCCCAAAUUCCAACAAUGUUCGCGACUUUUCACACAAUUUGUACAAUAAAAUUGAUAUGACCGAUGAGGAUGAAAGUCGAUGGAAACACUUUCAUUCGGAGGUGCCGCGUCGUUUCGGAAAAAUUCGCAAUCUGGAAAAAUUUGACGCGCCCUUCUUUUCGACCCUGAAUAAACAUGCUAAUUGGACGGACCCGCAAAUGAGAAUUCUGCUCGAACAUGCGUAUGAGGCUAUAUUGGAUGCUGGGAUAAGUCCUCAAUCGUUGGUUGGAAGCCGAACGGGAGUAUUUAUUGGAUGCAGUAUAUCGGAUUCAAAGGAUUCGUUUGUUCAUCGAAAUCCACCGAAGGAUGGAUACGUUGUUUUAGGAAAUGCUAAUUUUUAUCUAUCAAAUCGAAUAUCGUAUGCACUCGGUUUGUGCGGUCCGUCGUUCACCGUGGAUACAGCAUGCUCAAGUUCGGCAUACGCGCUCGAUUGUGCUUUUCGAUAUCUUGAAUCAGGUGUCUGCGAUGCUGCACUCGUGGGUGGAUCUCAACUGAUUUUAAAUUGUGGACUGGCUACCGAAUAUACCAAAUUGGGAAUUCUGGCAAGCGAUGGAGUAUGUCGUCCAUUCGAUGAAAACGCAACAGGCUUUAGUCGUGCCGACACGAUCUGUGUUAUAUUCCUACAGAAGCAGAAAGACUCGAAACGAGUCUACGCGAAUCUCGUGUACAGCAGUUCAAAUAACGAUGGUUUCAAGAAGGAAGGAGCAUCGUUCCCAUCGAAAAUAAUGCAACAGAGACUUAUUGAAGACUUCUACAAAACAUUGAAAUUCGAUCCGGGUCAAGUCAAUUUCGUUGAAGCUCACUCAACUGGAACGAAACUUGGAGAUCCCGAAGAGGUGGCGGCAAUUGACGAAGUGUUUUGCAAGAAUAACAACCGGACGGGUGAAUUGAUCAUUGGCAGCGUUAAAUCAAAUAUGGGACAUGCUGAGGCUGCAUCGGGGAUGGCGUCGAUUGCAAAGGUUUUGAUUUCGCUUGAGAAUAAGAAAUUUCCGCCAAACAUAAAUUUGACGUCGCCACGAUCCGAUGUUUCAGCGUUUUCCGAAGGACGGAUAAAGGUUGCCACGGAUGUUGUGGAUCUGAAAGGUCAAUUCAUUGCUAUGAAUUCUUUCGGACUUGGUGGAGGUAAUGCCCAUGCUUUGUUCUUGGGCAAUGCGAAAGAGAAGGUCAAUUGUGGAUUACCAGAUGACGAUUUGGGACGAAUCGUUUUGUGGUCCGGAAGAACAGAAGCUGCAAUAAAUGCAAUUUUUGAUGAUAUAACACAACGGCCGUUAGACACAGAGCAUAUUGCCCUUCUGCAGAACUCUCAGAUACAAACGACCAGUGCAAAUACUUAUCGCGGUUUCGGAAUGUUUGAAAAUGAUCCAGUCACUGAACGGGCGAAGUGUACCCAACGUGAUAUUCAAUAUUUUAACGGUACUCGACGUCCGAUUGUCUUUGUGUACAGUGGAAUUGGUUCACAGUGGCCGGAAAUGGGAAAACAUUUAAUGGAAAUUCCAUUGUUCGCAAAGUCGAUCAACUAUUGCCACAAUGUGUUGAUGAAGAAAGGUAUCGAUUUGAAGCAGAUACUUACGUCGACGGAUCCGGAUACCUUUAACGAUGUCAUGAAUUCUUAUGUUGGAAUAGUUGCAAUUGAAAUUGCGUUAACGGAUGUGCUGCACUCAUUGCAUAUUUCACCUGAUUACAUAAUUGGACAUUCGGUGGGUGAAAUCGGAUGCUCUUAUGCGGAUGGUUGUUUUACAGCUGAGGAAGCAAUACUAACGGCACACGCAAGAGGGGAAUCAAGUAAUGAAUCAGCAACUAUUAAUGGUGGAAUGGCUGCAAUUGGAAUGCAUCACACAGAUCUGUUGGAAAUACUUCCAGACGACAUUGAUAUCGCCUGCCACAACGCUGCUGAUUCAACCACAAUAAGUGGUCCGCUAGAGAGUGUACGUUCAUUCAUUGAGCAGCUAAAAGAAAAGACAGUUUUUGCUAAAGAAGUCGCAUGCUCAGGAGUACCAUUGCACAGUCGAUAUAUCAGCGAAAUCGGUGAAAAACUGCACGACAAAUUGCGAACAAUCAUUGAGAGCCCAAAACGCCGAUCCAAAAAGUGGUUGAGUUCGACUUUCGCGGAAAGUUUGUGGAACAAAGACGAAACUCUGUUUUCGUCUGCUGAAUAUCAUACGCAGAAUCUGCUCAAUCCGGUUUACUUCGAAGAAGUAACGGACAUGUUGCCAAGGAAUGCGUUAACAGUUGAAGUUGCUCCACACGGAUUGCUGAAAGCAAUUCUGAAAAGGUCAUUUAGCGAAGGGCUGCACAUCAGCCUAACACAACGAGACAACAAAGAUGGCAUGAGAUAUUUCGUGGAAGCGUUGGGAAGACUCUUUCAACACGGUGUCGACAUGGAUGUAUCCAAACUCUACCCACGAAUUGAAUUUCCUGUAUCGCGUGGAACGCCAAUGAUAUCCCCGACGAUUAAAUGGAACCACGAAGAAAACCAUUACGUCCCGCACUUUGAUACAUACAACACAUUCGAGCGUCGUAACUUCGUCAUAAACAUCAGCGACAAAAAGUUCGAGUACAUUCAGGGUCACAUGAUUGACGGUCGAGUACUAUUCCCAGCAACUGGUUGGAUUGUUCUGGUCUGGGAAACAUUCUCCAUGAUGAUCGGUAUACCGUACGAGAAAGUUAAAGUAGUUUUUGAUGAGGUUCGGUUUUUGCGCGCCACAUCACUCAAUAAAAACCAGGACGUCCUCAUCACUGUUUCCAUACAUCGCGGAACCGGCAGCUUUGAAGUGAUCGAGGGAAGUGCUGCCGUUUGCCUUGGGUUUAUUAAACAAGUGGACGAAAUUACGAUGUCGGAAAUCACCGUACUCAGCGAUGAGAAUACGGUGACGCUGCCUGAGGACGAUUUCUACAAAGAGAUGCGACUGCACGGUUUCUUGCAUCUGGGCGCGUUUAAGGGAGUUAAAGAAAUUCGUCACGAUGGUUUAAAGGGCAAAAUCAAAUGGAACAGCAAUUGGAUCACGUUCAUUGAUAGUAUGACACACUUCGAGGAAUUGGAGACGAACGCUAGAACAUUGGCAUUGCCUACAAACAUACGAAGGAUUGUCAUCGAUCCAUUCUUACAGUAUAAAAUGCUGGAAGAGAAAAACAGGGCUCUUCGAAACGAAAACAAUCAAAAUCAACCGGAAGGCGUUACAGAUCCGGAAAUACUUUAUGACGUCGCAAUAUCACCCUAUCUGCGAAUCAUUCAAGCUGGAGGCGUUGAAAUUCAUGACAAAAGAAAUCGUGUGGUAAAUCGCCGCAGACCCAGGGAACCGUUACUCGAAACCCACCAAUUCAUUCCGUUUUUCCCCGAUACCAAAUUUACUGUGAAGAAUGCAGUGAAAAUCGUUGUGCACUUGGCGCUGGAAAAUUAUAUCCAAAGAAAAUUCACAGCCCUUGAGAUUGACCCAGCUGCCGAUGGCACAGAAGCUACCGAACCAUUAAGUGAACUCUUAUCGAAAGCGUUGCGUGAAACUCCACUGGUCAUAUCCGACAUUACGUUGCUUACUUCCAGAGAGGAGGUACGACUCGAAAAUGUUGCAAUUAGCACUGAGGAAGCAUCGUCAUUCACUGGUGUCGAUAUUAUAAUUAGAUGCCAGUGCCUGGGUGACAGCGAAUUCAUUGAAAAUGCCAAGAAUAUUUUGUCAGAAAAUGGUUACAUUUUGUCACGAGAAUCAUCGGAAUGGGCUGGAGAACCCACGGAUCGUCUUCGAUUGAUAGCAAAACUAAAAACCGACGGUGGAGAAUGUCUGCAUUUACUUCAAUUCGAAAAGGAUUCGAAAGUAGUUGUGCCACAAAAUAUCGUAGAAAUUACAUCGAGUGUAGAAGAUUGGCUCGAUGUGUUAAAGGAGUCGCUGAAAAGUGGUCCAACGGUUAUUUAUGCACAAAACACUGAACCAUCCGGAAUCCUUGGCUUUGUCAAUUGCAUUCGUCGUGAAUUCUUGACUGAAAGUUUGAAAUGCUUUUUGAUCAUCGAUUCAGAUGCACCACCAUUUGACGUCAACGAUUCCUUCUACCACAAACAACUGCUCCUCAACUAUCCAAUUAAUGUGUUGAAAGGAGGUGAAUGGGGAAGUUACCGUUACCUUGAUAUGGUGCCAGAGUUGGACAGUCCUACAGCUCGUGAGAAUCACUUUUUUGCAAAUUGUUUGAUUAAAGGAGAUCUAUCAACACUUACGUGGCUCAACGGUCCAUUGGAAGUUAAUGGUAGCAGUCCCGAUAUAAUUAGGGUUCAGUACGCAUCGCUUAACUUCAAAGACAUAAUGUUAGCACUGGGAAGAAUACCUGAUAACACUUAUGACCGCGUCGGUAUGCAAUGUGUUCUGGGUCUCGAAUUUUCCGGAAUUAAAGUCGAUGGAAGAAGAGUCAUGGGCAUUGGACUAAAUGCUGGAGCACUUGCAACACACUACGAUGCGAAACAGGCAAUGCUGUGGGACGUGCCAGAAUUUUGGAGUUUGGAGCAGGCAGCCACAGUUCCUCUCGUGUAUUUUACCGUCUACUUUGCAUUUUUCGUCACAACAAAGAUCCAAAAGGGAAAAUCAAUUUUAAUUCAUUCUGGGAGUGGUGGCGUUGGACAGGCGGCCAUCGAAGUUGCAUUCAACUACGGGCUAGAAGUGUUCACCACAGUCAGUACAGCCGAGAAGAAGAAUUUUCUGUUAGCCAAAUUUCCGCAAUUAAAAGCCGAAAACAUUGGAAACUCGCGGAACACAACGUUUGAGAAACUGAUCUUGGAAAAUACGAAGGGCAAAGGUGUCGACUAUGUGCUGAAUUCGUUGGCAGACGAAAAGUUACAGGCGUCAAUCCGGGUACUGGGUAUUGGUGGAACUUUACUCGAAAUUGGAAAGUAUGACAUGCUAAACGGGACCCAGCUGGACAUGAGAUAUCUCACGAAACGUAUUAGUCUGAAGGCUGUCAUUUUUGACGACCUUCAACAUGAUUCAGAGGAAAUGAAGAUCGUUUACAACUUAGUCAAUGAUGAUAUUGCGGCGGGCAUUAUUAAGCCAUUAAAUACAACGAUUUUUGAUGCCAAUGACGUCGAAGAAGCAUUUCGGUUUAUGGCGAAUGGAAAGCAUAUCGGAAAAGUUCUGCUUAAGGUUCGACAACGUGAAACCGAAACAUUGUCGUUGCCAUUGGCUACAAUCAAUCGAAUUUAUUGUGACCCGAAUAACUCGGUCGUGAUCGUGGGUGGACUGGGUGGGUUUGGACUUGAAUUGGCUGAAUGGUUGGUAUACAGAGGAUGCAAGAAAUUGGUGUUGAGUUCCAGUAGAGGCAUCACCAACACCAACCAAUAUAUAAGAACCGAGCUACUGAAAAUCUAUGGAGCAACCAUCGAAAUCAGCACCGCAAAUAUUGCUACCGAAGAAGGAUGCGAAGAAUUGUUACAGACAGCCCUGAAGCUAGGACCCGUGGAGGGAAUUUUCAAUCUUGCUGUUGCCUUACGCGAUUCAAUCUUAGAAAAUUCGGAUGCAAAAAUGUUCAACGAAUCAUUGGUUCCAAAAGCCUUGGCUACAAUAAAUCUUGACAAAGUCUCUCGCAAAUUCUGCCCCAAUCUGCGGCACUUCGUUGUAUUUUCCAGCAUGUCUUGUGGUCGUGGCAAUGCGGGUCAAAGCAGUUAUGGACUGGCCAAUUCAGUGAUGGAACGUAUCAUUGAGCAAAGACACGAAUUGGGACUACCAGCGAAAGCGAUCCAAUGGGGAGCUAUCGGUGAUGUUGGAUUGCUGGCUGAGUUUCAACUGAGUAAUCUGGACAAGGAUAUUAGUGGAACACUACCACAGGCCAUUUCGUCGUGCCUUGAAGUACUCGACCGAUUGCUCGACUCAACUGAUGCUAUUGUUUCGAGCAUGGUCGUCGCCGAUAAGGAUGUCAGUGAGGCGGGAAAACGCAACAUCAUCGAUACAAUUCUGAAGAUAAUGGGAGUGCGAGACAAAAAAUCAAUUUCCAUGGACUCAACGCUAACACAGCUGGGUAUCGAUUCAUUGAUGGGUGUGGAAAUACAACAGGUUGUCGAACGGGACUAUGACAUUACAUUCACGUCUCAAGAGCUUCGAUCGCUAACGCUUAGUCAACUUGAAAAGCGAGCAAUGUCGAGAAAUUCAAGCGACGGCGGUAACAAUGCUGAAGAUCUGGCUGCUGAUGGAAUUUCAUGGAUGCGCCUGUUAAUGGAGGGAGUGGUGGAUAGUGACACAAUGGAACUAUUUUCGACCGAAACAAUUUUGAAAGCAAAUGAUGUGCCGGUUAGCGAUACGAAAAUUCUGAUCAUACCCGGCUUUUAUGGCGUCGCCGCAGAUCUGUAUCGAAAUCUUGGACAAGAGUUGAAUCAACCAGCAUUUGUGCUACAACUUCUGGAGACCUCAACCUGCACUGAACUUGAUGAAAUUGUUGAAGCGAUUACACCGAACGUUCUCAAACUGUACGAUGAUGUGGACAAUUUCAUUUUGAUCGGCCAUUCAUUCGGCUGCAGUCUAACAUUGAAGCUGGCUGCGAUACUGGAAAACGUCGGUAAAUUCGGUCAAAUCGUUCAACUGGACGGAUCGCCUCAAUACAACAAUCGUUUUGCGCAGAAAUUGUCGCCCGAACGAAACGACGAUGGUAUCCGCGAAGCGAUCGCAAUGAUUGUGUUCGAUUCGUUUAUGCCAUAUGCGGAUCCGGAUGUUGUUAAGCGGUCGUUUGAUAGCCACAAAAAAUGGGAAGAUAAGGUCGACGCGAUGCUGUUGGAGUCGGCCGACAAAAUUCCGUACAAUUACGAAUUCAUUAAGCUGAACAUUUUCACAGCCGUCCGGAAUCGUUUCAAUAUCGUUCUGAACGCGAACGAGAAUUCAUUCACGACACUGAUCCACACCAAAAUAUCGCUAGUCAAGGCAGGCAGUUCAUCGUUGAAUGGAUUGCAUAAAGACUUCGGACUGUCGAAGUACUGCAGCGGUCAGCUUAAAGUUAGGACUAUUGACGGAGAUCAUGUGACUUUGUUGAAACAUGUCGACUUGCCCAAAUUAAUUGAGGAAUUGACUGCUGUAAAGUAAGUCCAUCCAAACCAUGUACAGUAAUCUUUACCAACGAAAUACAUUAAUAAAGUAAAAGAAAA